UGGUGGUGCUUGAGGGCGAUUCCAUGGACUCCCCGAGAGACAUCGUGCCCGUAUAAUCUUUUCACCGUCGGACCGAAACGUAGUACGUUUCGAACCGCUCGACAAGGCUCGAUUUUGAACGGUCGUGAAUUGUAUAAACCUUUGUUCGAGAUGACGGGUGAAAAUUUUUACCUUGCCGGAAACCCGUGGACUCUGCCUGCCCCCUGAAAACGAUAGAGGACGGACAACCCUGUCUCUCUCUCUCUCUCUCCGAACGGCAGGCAGGAAUCGCCAUGGCUGAACCUUCGAAGAAGACGAGUCGAAGCUUCCGCUGAAGGGUCGCCCGUCGCGCGCGCGUGUUCGUGUCGUGUCGUGUCGUGUCGUGUCUGAACGAACGCCGGCGCUUUCGAGGGGGCGGCAAAUGAGGAGCUCCGGUAGCGACAAGAGUUCCGCUCUCGACAGAUUCACUCCUCGUGGAAGUCGGGACGAAUCCUGAUCGAGGGUUCGCCGAUCGAGCUCGAUCUCCGUCGUGGGUGACGCCCAAAGUUGCUCCUUUAGGCGGGGCUGCGGUCCUCUCCGGUAGUUGGGUCGCCAUUUCCGUCAACGACGUUGAAGAGAGCGAGAGGGAGAAGGAGGGAGAGGGGAUCAUGUCGUUCUCGUUCUUCAGGCCGUCGAGGCAGAAGACUUCGCAAGAGUUUGUGAAGGCGAUCAAGGACAGCCUCAUGGCUCUCGACACCAAAACCGUCGUGGAAGUGAAAGCCCUCGAGAAGAAUUUUGUAUCGGCUUAACCAAUAAGGUCCUCUAUGGGUCACAAUUCUCCAUGCGUUCUGCUGCUAUUACACUUGGGCAAACAUUCUUUGGAUAAGCUUUGGAAGAAGUUGAAAAGAAUUUUGCAACUAUGAGAUGCAUGAUUGCUGGAGAUGGAGAGGUUGAGCCUAAUGUCGAUCAAAUUUCCCAGCUCGCUUCUGAAAUAUGUAAAGAGGAUGUCAUUGCCCUUAUAAUUCACAACUUGCAUAUCCUAGGAUGGGAGGCAAGAAAGGAUUUGGUCUAUUGUUGGGCCAUAUUGCUAAAACAAAAGGUUGGCUCCACAUAUUGUUGUGUGGAAUAUAUUGAGAAUCAUUUCGAGUUGCUAGACUCUCUUGUUGUAAGCUACGAUAACAAGGAAAUUGCAUUGAACUGUGGAAAUAUGUUGAGGGAAUGCAUCAAGUUUCCUACACUUGCAAAGUACAUUCUGGAGUCAGCGAGCUUUGAAUUGUUCUUUAAAUUUGUAGAGUUGCCUAAUUUUGAUGUUACAUCUGAUGCAUUUACUACUUUUAAGGAUCUGCUCACAAAGCAUGGAGAGGUAGUUGCUGAGUAUCUGAACAUCCACUAUGACGAGUUCUUUAAUCUAUAUGAGAAACUUUUGACUUCAGCUAAUUAUGUCACCAAAAGGCAAUCUGUGAAGCUUCUCUCGGAGUUUCUCUUGGAGCCUCCUAAUUCCCAAAUAAUGAAGCGAUAUAUAUUAGAAGUUCGUUACUUCAAGGUCAUGAUGACAUUGUUGAAGGACUCGAGCAAAAAUAUUCAGAUGACUGCUUUCCACAUCUUCAAGGUGUUUGUCGCGAAUCCUAACAAACCACGUGAAAUUAAGGUUAUCUUGUCAAAAAAUCAUGAAAAGCUGGUUUCAUUGCUUCACGAUCUCUCAGGCGGUAAAGGUGCUGAUGAUGAGCAAUUCGAAGAAGAGAAGGAGAUAAUCAUCAAGGAAAUCGAAAGAGUAUCUCACCUUCCUACUCUUGAACAAUAAUUCCUCAUUUAGCCAAUUUCAUUGCGAAAAAUGAGAGGGAUUUCUUUGGAUCCACUGCUCACCCUUAACUACCUAAGGGGAGAAAGAAUUAAUGAUAUUAGGCUUAAAUCUCAGCGAUGAGGAUGUAUAGGUUUAAGAGUGGUUCUUGUAUCCGGCCCCGGCCCUCACCUAGUUUGGUCCGACGAAAGGUACCGGGGCCAAAUUCAUUGUAAUUACCAAGUUAUGUACACUAAACUCUUAAUGGCUUUCUCUUGGUCCUAAUUGCGCAAAGGCUUUGUUACUGAUGCCAAUCUUGUCUGAUUUCCGGGUCGAUUCACUAUAUAGGUCCAGUUUGGUUGCGAGAUGAAUAAAGGUUAAAGUGUAU